GGAGGAGCUGGAUUACUGUCAAAACAUAGGAAAGCCCAUAACAAUAUACCUGUUACUUAUGCUACUAAUUUCGGUAUUGUUGCUGGUUGCUAUUGCGAUGAAGUGAGUGUGAUCUUUCGUUUCUCAGGGGCUCGUGAAUUGGCUACACGUAAGUCUGCCCCAACCACUGUUGGAGUCAAGAAGCCCCUUCAUUACCGUCCUGGAACUAUUGCACUUCGAAGCGAUUACUUUCAUUUCAGAGAUCUCAUUGGAAGUGUAGAUAUGGAAGAGCCACAUGUGGAUCCUACAACUUUGCCCUUGCUGCAUCCUGGUCGACAAAAUGGAGCUAAAUGGUUUAACCACCACACCCAAGUAUCAACUGCUGUGAGAAAGAUCAUUCAAAGUUGUUUCAAAGGACCAUGGUACUCUUGGAAAAGAGUGCCAGUUUUCUACAAACAAACAUGGUUUAGUCUGUUCAAGAAAAAAUUUAAUUGGCAUCCUACUAUCAACAAUCAAGCUGCUGGGUCAUCUAAACAAGGCUAUGUCUUUGGACUGGGAGCUCUAAAGGAAUUUGUUGUACCAUCUGCUAAUGCUUCUUCAAGUCAACCACAACCAGAAGAAGCAGAGAUGAUUGCAAAUCGGCUGCAAGAGUUGGAAGCUGAAGUCAAACAAAAUCAUGAAGAAAAUCUGGAAAUUAAAAAAAGACUUGAAGCUAUGGAGAAGAUGGCUGAGUCUUUUGCAAAUCAGAAUGCUUAAAGCUACUAAAACCAUCCAUCGUCCAUCAUCUAUCUAAUUUAGUAAUUCUAGUUUCUUUUUAUCUUAAGUAAUGUUUAGUUUUUAUUUUAUUAAGACUUUAUUUUUUAUAAAUUCUGUUUGUGUAUUGACUUUGCUUCGACAUAAGUAAUAUAAUAUUUGGUUUAUUAUA